AUGAAUUCUUCUGUGAAGAAUGUUGUUUGCUUCGUGGGAUUUCUGGUCAUCAAUUCUUUUCUCCAAAGUUCAGCUGAUCCCACUGAUGGUUUCACAAAUGUGCCAUUAACAGAAGCAAAUUUUGAAAUCCAGAGGCCAUACAAUGUGCCAUUGGAUGAACGAUACAGUUUCGAAAAUGGGAUUCGGAAGAUGUGGGUUUAUGCUAAUGAUAAGCCACAUAGCCCUAAUAGCGAGACACAACCACGCACGGAAGUUCGCAUUCACGGACUUGACUAUACAUCAGGAGUAUGGCAAUUUGAAGGCUACGGAUUCGUGCCGAAUGGAACCUCUGGUGCAACAGUAGCACAAAUUCAUGGUGCAGCCCAUGAUUCAUCCACCAUAAUUCUGAGAAUCUACAAUGGUGACAUGAGGUAUUACAGUGGUGACGUGAUUGCCACUGGCAUGUACGAUAGAUGGUUCAAGCUCAAUCUCAUCCAUGAUGUGGAGGGAGGCACGGUCACAGUUUACAUUGAUGAUGAGCAAAAGUUUCAGACACAAGAUCGAGGGCGUUCACAAUUCUACUUCAAGUGUGGAGUUUAUGCUGCACCAAGAGAUAUCAGUUAUUACAUGGAAUCACGUUGGAGGGAUAUCAAGAUUUACAAGAAGUGA